AUGUUGACUGGCAAAAACUUUGCGAACUGGAAGUCCAACAUCAACAUUGUGCUGAAUGGGGAUAAUGGAAAUUUCAUGAUGACCGAUGAAUGCCCUACUAUUCCUAAUACAGCGGCCUCCACAACUACAAAGGAGGAUUAUGAAUGUUGGCAAGCUGUCAACAACAAAACGAUGGUGUAUAUGCUUGCUAGCAUGUUUGACAUGCUCAAGAACAAGUUGGAGAAUGUUGCCAUUGCAUUCGAGAUCAUGGAACAACUUCAAGAGAUCUUCGGAAAAAAAUAUAUGCAAGCUCAUUUUGAUGCCACAAAGAAGUAUGACAAUGAUAGGAUGGCACUCAGAAUGCAUGUUCGUGACCACUUCAUUAAGAUGACAAACUAUUUCCAAUAA